AUGGCCAAUAAGAGCACGAAUUAUACUGUACCUGCCGAAUGCCAAUACUCGCGCGAUGCAUUCCCCUCCCUCCCGUCCUCCUACAAGUGGUGGACUAUGGUCCCCGUCUACCAGAGGGAACAUCUGCACCAGAACAUGAGCGCGGUGCUGCAGUCUUGCUGCCAGAGCGCUGUGUGGCACUACUCAAAUCCGAAUCCCUGCACUGCCAUGUGCAAUUCGACUUCUUCUGCAGAGACCGAGCGGGUUAAUUACUGCUUGAACUCCCAACAUGUCGAGUAUGGUAGUAAUGCGGAUGAAUCGAGUGCGGUGCUUGUCGCGCCGACGACGAAGAGUACAUGGACGUUGAUGUUGGUUAGCGGCUUGGUUUUAUCUAGAAUGCUGCUAUGA